AUGGGUUUCUCCGCCCUGCUGGCCAGCGCUUUAUGCACCUUCGUGCUACCGCUGCUGCUCUUUUUGGCCGCCGUCAAGCUCUGGGACCUGUACUGUUUGAGCACUCGGGACCACAGCUGCGGUCUCCCGUUGCCCCCGGGGACUAUGGGGUUGCCCUUCUUCGGAGAAACGCUGCAGAUGGUAUUGCAGCGGAGGAAGUUCUUGCAGAUGAAACGCAGAAAGUACGGCUUUAUCUAUAAGACUCAUCUUUUCGGGCGGCCCACCGUGCGGGUCAUGGGCGCGGACAACGUGCGGCAGAUACUCCUGGGGGAGCACCGUCUGGUGUCUGUGCACUGGCCCGCCUCCGUCCGGACCAUCCUGGGCUCCGGCUGCCUCUCCAACCUCCACGAUUCUUUGCACAAGAAGCGCAAAAAGUUGAUCAUGCAGGCUUUCAACCGGGAAGCGUUGCAGUGCUAUGUGCCGGUAAUAGCUGAAGAAAUAAAAAAUGCUUUGGAAAGGUGGCUCCAGUGCGGCGACAGCGGCCUCUUGGUCUACCCCGAGGUCAAGCGCCUCAUGUUCCGAAUUGCCAUGCGCAUCUUGCUGGGCUGCGAGUCAGGCAGCGCGACAGAGGGGGACAGCGAGAGGCAACUAGUGGAAGCUUUUGAGGAGAUGACCCGUAACUUGUUCUCCUUGCCCAUCGAUGUGCCUUUCAGCGGAUUUUACCGAGGCAUGAAGGCGAGGAACCUCAUCCACGCGCGCAUCGAAAAGAACAUUCGUGCCAAGCUGGGAGGACAACGGGAACCCGAGGCCGGGGGCUGGCGUGUCAAAGACGUGUUACAGCUGCUCAUCGAGCACACGCAGGAGAAUGGCGAGAGGCUAGAUAUGCAGGAGUUGAAGCAAUCUUCAACGGAACUUCUCUUCGGAGGGCAUGAGACUACAGCGAGUGCUGCCACAUCUCUGAUCACUUAUCUGGGACUCCAUCACCAUGUGCUUCAGAAAGUGAGAGAAGAACUAAAGAGUAAGGGUUUACUUUGCAAAAGCAGCCAUGAUGAAAAAUUGGACAUAGACAUUUUGGAACAACUUAAGUACAUAGGAUGUGUUAUUAAGGAAACUCUCAGGCUGAAUCCUCCUGUUCCAGGGGGCUUUCGUAUUGCUCUCAAGACUUUUGAGUUAAAUGGAUACCAGAUUCCCAAAGGAUGGAAUGUUAUCUACAGUAUCUGUGAUACUCAUGAUGUUGCAGAUAUUUUUACCAACAAGGAAGAAUUUAACCCUGACCGGUUUCUGUUGCCUUAUCCAGAGGAUUCUUCCAGAUUCAGUUUCAUUCCAUUUGGAGGAGGUCUCAGGAGCUGUGUAGGCAAAGAGUUUGCAAAAAUUCUUCUCAAAAUAUUUACAGUGGAGUUGGCCAGGCAUUGUGAUUGGCAACUUCUAAAUGGACCUCCUACUAUGAAAACUAGUCCCACCGUGUACCCAGUGGACAAUCUCCCUACAAAAUUUAUGCAUUUCAAGGGUGAAAUGUAGUUAGUAC